AUGGUUCGAUUGCAGAAUCAGUUUCUCGAAAAUUCUCCGUUCGCCGGCGACGGAACCAUGGUUGCCGUUGAAUUGCCGGAACCUGACGUCCAAAUCAUCACCUCGGAUGGCAGAAGUAUCCCGGCGCACUCUAGAAUUCUGGCUUCGGCAUCGCCGGUGGUGGAGCGGUUAAUAGCAAGGCCGCAGAAGCGCCGUAGCUCUGAUCGGAAAAUUCAUAUACUAGGCGUUCCAUACGACGCCGUUUUCUUGUUCGUGCAAUUUCUGUAUUCCUCCAAGUGUGAUAAGGAGCACAUGGAGAAGUAUGGAAUUCACUUCCUUGCAUUGUCCCAUGUAUAUUUUGUACCACAGCUAAAGCAGAAAUGUAUAGGGGGUUUAGCCGAGCAGUUGACUAUCGAAAAUGUUGUCGAUAUACUCCAGCUUGCUCGACUCUGCGAUGCACCUGAUCUUUACCUAAAAUGCUUGAAAUUGUUAUCGAAUAAUUUCAACACUGUUGAGGAGACUGAAGGAUGGAAGUUUUUGCAAAACCACGAUCCACGGCUCGAACUCGAAAUUUUACAAUUCAUGGAUGAAGCCGAAUCGAGGAAAAAGAAGACGAGGCGGCAUAGAGAGGAGCAGAGUUUGUAUUUACAAUUGAGUGAAGCCAUGGAUUGUCUUGAGCAUAUAUGUACGGAAGGGUGCACGAGUGUUGGGCCGUAUGACACGGAUCCGAGCAAGAACAAGGGUCCGUGCAGCAAGUUCUCGACUUGUCAUGGACUUCAGCUUUCAAUUAAGCACUUUGCUACUUGUGAGAGGAGGGUUAACGGAGGGUGUUUGCGAUGUAAAAGAAUGUGGCAGCUCUUUCGAUUGCACUCCUCGAUUUGUGACCAGACAGAUGAAUGCAGAGUCCCUUUGUGCAGACAUUUCAAAUUGAAGGUCCAACAAGAUAGAAAACGAGACGAUGCGAAAUGGAGAUUGCUCGUGCGAAAGGUCGUCUCAGCUAAGGCUGUAUAUUCCUUGUCUCUUGCUAAGAGGAAGAGCGAAGAUGAGCUAAGAGCAACUACGAACUAUUACAGAAUGGGAAGCUUCGAAAUAUAG